CCCAUCUUUCCUUUCUUUCUCUCUCUCUUGCUUUCUCUGUUGUUUGUUCCUCUUAUCUUCUUUCUUUCUAUUUUUCUUUUCUCUUUUGCUUAAAGUUAUACCGACAUGGCUCCUAACAAAUGGGGGUUUUUCUUCAUCCCUCACCUUCUGUUUCUGUAAGACUUGAAGCUUAAUUUGCUUCCUAUUCUCUGCUAUUAACUCUACUGUUAUAAAUUAACUUGGGAGUAUCAAGAUUCAAGAAAUAGCCUAUUAAAAGAAGAAAAGAAUAGUACUUGAGAUCAAUUUGGAGGGUGGUUAAUGGCUGUGAAGACUCUGUAUUUCAAAGAACAUGAAGGAACUGUCCAUAAUCCAAUUGGGCAGCUGUCAUCUGUGCCAUCAAUGCCUUGGUGGAGUAGUUUUGGACCUCAGUCUGUUUAUGGGGAACCCUAUGACCUAUUGAAGCCUUCAACCAUGGAAAACCCAAUUGGCGGAGAUCGAGUUACUGCCGUGAAGCAAGUCAGGCGCGAUACCCGACAAGAUCUGGAUAAAGGGAAUACUAUUCACUUCACUGUUUUUCGUGGUGACUGUAAAAUUUCAAGCGAAGGACAAAAACCUCCACAGACAGCCAUCUCCCUUCAAACAGCUCUGCCGGAACAUCGUGCUCUUAUUGACCUGGGAUUUGGCCAGCCGGUGGUCGAUCAAUGUUAUGGGCUAUACGCGGCUUACGGAUCUCAAAUACCAGGGCGGGUUAUGCUGCCAAUGAACAUGACAACAGAUGAUGAUGGACCAAUAUUUGUGAAUCCUAAGCAGUAUCAUGGAAUCAUCAGGCGUCGGAAAUCCCGUGCAAAGGCUGAACUGGAGAAUAGACCAAUUAGAAAAAGAAAGCCUUAUAUGCAUCUUUCAAGGCAUCUCCAUGCCAUGCGCCGACCAAGGGGAACUGGUGGCCGUUUCUUGAACUCGGGAAAUGGGAAAGGUGGUGCGGUGGCAAAGAAAGCUUAUGAUGUUGAAAUAUCUCAGCCAACAGGUUCUCACAGCUCUGAGGUCCUGCAGUCUGAUAGUGGUGGAACAAAUGGUGGUGGAUCAAAUCUUUCAGGGUCUGAAGUGACAAGUAUGUACUCCAAGAGAGAUCUUGAUCACUUCUCAAUCAAUCUUCUGGGGCCACCAGUCCACUCUUUCUCAGUGAUGAUGGAUAAUGGGCAUAGCAUUGUUAUGCCUAGCAAGUGGGUUGCAGCAGCAGAAGACUGUUGCAACCUGAAAGUUUGACCUCAGAGGGGUGGGAUUGGGGUUUUUGUUCUUACACUAAGCACCAAACCCCAUCCCCUGGUGCAACCAAAUAGAAAAGCUCUGUUUCUAGCAGGGAUUAGCUUGGAGAUUGACUCCUCUGUUUGGUUGCUGGGCAAAUCAUUCUUGGCUCACAAGCAUUAAGGGCAAUCUCUAUCAUUUUAUUCCAUGCAAUCCUGAUUUCAUGGAAUGAUUAGUGGUGAAACCUUAGUGUUUGUAUUAUAAAAUACAUAUAUAUAUAUAUAAGAGAAAAAAAAUGGCCUAGAAGAAUAAAUAAGUGCAUUGCCUUUGUGUAAUGAGGAUGUGAAAUUCUGGUUUGUGUGUUUGCAAUCCUAAAUUAUGUUGAAGCAUGAUGUUGUUGAUGUUUAAUAUCUGUUGUCUGGCUUUCUGGCUCUUUGUAAUAAAAAUCUAUUCUGGAACUCUA